GGGGCGCCUCAGGCCGGCAGGGUCCAGUGGCGGGCGGGCAGGCACGGGGCAACCACCGGAAACCACAGGAUGAACCCCCCGAUCGCAACUUUCCAUCCUUCCCCACAUCUCCCUCGUUUCUGGGCUGGACUGCUGGUCAAACACGCAGCCACUGCCCGUGCUGGUCCUUCGUUUUGCCGUCUGCCUUUGUUUGACCACUGUUGUCUUCCUCGUCCUCGAUUGUUGACCCUGCUGUUUGGGUGGAGACCCGACUGAUAGUCCCGCCUGGAGACACCCGCUAUUGAUGCGAUCCAUCUACAAACAGACUCCCUCGACCCCGAUGCCGUCUUCCUAAUACCACUGCGCCUCGCUUGAAUAUGACCUUGUACUGCUCACGCUAGCUUCUGUUUCUUGCGCGGAUUACCACUCGUUCCCCAACCAUCUUGUCCGAUUCCUUGAUCGGGUCUGGCGAGCGUGUGAUCUAGACCAGCCAUGGUGGUUUUAUCUGUGGGCCUCUCCAAGGCCCGUCGCCGGCCUUCAUUCACCCUACUCCUAUUGUUCAUCCUCGUCAUUGUUGCCCAAGUCUCGCUCGCUCAGACGACGACAGACGAUAGCACCACUGUCGUCACCACUUCCGAUUCAACCACUGAGUCCGCGACAACCUCGUCAGACGACAGUACGACCACCUCCGCUGCAUCAUCAUCAUCAACUGACUCCUCGGCCACGACAACCACAGAUUCCCAGUCCACAUCAACGGGCUCGUCUGCAUCCUCGACGAACGACAUCCCCAUCGUCACGGUCCCCCCAACCGCUGAUGCCCCGUACAUGCAGAAGUCGAAGGUCCCUGAAGGGACCGUGUUUAUUGCCGUCGGGGCCGUGCUCGGAGCAAUUGGACUGGCGAUUCUGGCCUGGCGCGGGAUCGUGGCAUGGUCUGUGAACCGGUCUGUCCGCCAAGCGGCCCUGAUGCGGUCAUCGGAGAGCAAAGGCCUGCUUCGUUCCAGGAAGAGGAGGUCACGCUCUAGAAGAUCAAGCUCGGGACAACAUGGCGUGACGCUGGACAAAUUGGGCGACAGCCAUCACCACCACCGCCGCCGCCACAGCCACAGCCACAGCAGACACCAUCGGUCAUCCAAGACGCCCAGCACGAACAGCGCCCUAUUCUUCUCGCCCACCGCAGGCAUGCAGCACACCAGCAACAAAAGAAGAUCGAGCUACCUUCCCGCUGGAUACUACAACGCCGGCAACGCCGCGCCUCCCCGCGCCCAGGAGAACCGUUUCUCGGCCCCCGACCUACCGGGCAUGGGACCGCAAUCGCAAGGCUAUACCAAAGCUAGAACGGGCCCUAGUCCCCCUGAGUCGCCGGGUCUGUCUCCAGGCCUAGACCAGGACACGCUCCGUCGCAGCACCAGGAGAUCCCACGCCGAAGCCUCUACCAGCACCGUGAACCUCUCCUCUCCUCCGCAGGGAAGAACCCCCAGUGCAUACCUAGAAGAUCUCUUCGAUAGCCAUCCGCCCCAGGAUAGCCAUUGAUGCUGACCGUCACCAAUGUGAUCGAUCACAUCUCACAUCUACGAGAAACGAUACUCUUUCUGCUGUUUUGUUUUGUAUAUCUC